AUGGGGCAGGGCACGCCGGGCGGCAUGGGCAAGCAGGGCGGCGCGCCGGGCGACCGCGGCAAGCCGGGCGGCGACGGCGACAAGAAGGACAAGAAGUUCGAGCCGCCCGCCGCGCCGUCCCGGGUCGGCCGCAAGCAGCGCCGCCACAAGGGACCCGAGGCGGCCGCCCGCCUCCCCGGCGUCGCGCCGCUCUCCAAGUGCCGCCUCCGCCUCCUCAAGCUCGACCGCGUCAAGGACUACCUCCUCAUGGAGGAGGAGUUCGUCGCCGCGCAGGAGCGCCUCCGCCCCACCGAGGAGAAGACGGAGGAGGACCGCUCCAAGGUCGACGACCUCCGCGGCACCCCCAUGAGCGUCGGCUCCCUCGAGGAGAUCAUCGACGAGAGCCACGCCAUCGUCUCCUCCUCCGUCGGCCCCGAGUACUACGUCAGCAUACUCUCCUUCGUCGACAAGGACCAGCUCGAGCCAGGAUGCUCCAUCCUCAUGCACAACAAGGUUCUUUCUGUGGUUGGAAUUCUGCAAGACGAAGUUGACCCUAUGGUAUCUGUGAUGAAAGUUGAGAAAGCUCCACUAGAAUCAUAUGCAGACAUUGGAGGGUUAGAUGCUCAGAUUCAAGAAAUAAAGGAGGCGGUUGAGCUUCCGCUGACCCACCCUGAGCUAUAUGAAGACAUUGGAAUAAGGCCACCCAAGGGGGUCAUAUUAUAUGGAGAACCUGGAACAGGGAAAACUCUACUUGCCAAGGCUGUUGCUAACUCCACAUCUGCAACUUUCUUACGUGUCGUUGGAAGUGAACUUAUUCAGAAGUACCUUGGCGAUGGUCCAAAACUAGUUAGAGAACUAUUUAGAGUGGCGGACGAGCUUUCCCCCUCGAUAGUCUUCAUCGACGAGAUCGAUGCAGUUGGAACAAAGAGGUAUGACGCUCAUUCAGGAGGGGAGCGUGAGAUUCAGAGAACUAUGUUGGAGCUGCUGAACCAGCUAGAUGGUUUUGAUUCGCGUGGAGAUGUUAAAGUUAUUCUAGCUACAAAUCGCAUUGAAAGUCUUGAUCCAGCCUUGCUUCGCCCUGGCCGAAUAGACCGAAAGAUAGAAUUCCCUCUUCCAGACAUUAAGACUAGGCGGCGCAUCUUCCAGAUACACACGGCAAAGAUGACAUUGUCAGAUGAUGUGAACCUGGAAGAGUUUGUCAUGACUAAGGAUGAGUUUUCUGGUGCUGACAUCAAAGCAAUAUGCACCGAAUCUGGCUUGCUUGCUUUGAGAGAGCGUAGGAUGAAGGACGCACGCCGACUUCAAGAAGGCAAAGGAGAAGGUCAUGUUCAAGAAGAAGGAAGGCGUGCCGGAGGGGCUUUACAUGUGAUGAAUUGUGCACCGGUCUUCACUACCAGAAUGAUAGUGUAG